AUGAUACCUGAUUCAUGCCGUAAAUGUUCAAAUGUUCGAUAUACCAGAAUCAGUACAACUGAUCCGUGGGAUGCCGGUGAACGACGCAGAAAUCGAAAAACAAUAUCAAGACAAAAACCUGAAAAUUGGAAAGAACUUGCCCGAGUUAUCAUUCCACAUGUAGGUUUAAUAUUGCUUUCACUUCUGUAUGUAUCUGGUGGUGCAGUUGUCUUCUAUCAUCUUGAAAAGCCAAAUGAAGUUGAAAUUUGGGAACGGAAUAUUAAGCUGAUCGAUGAACAUCGACAAACUAUGCUUUCCAACAUGUGGAAAUUGAUCAACAACGUGACAGUAUCAAAGGAAGAAAUAGAAGAAAGAGCACAGUUUUAUGUGGAUGGAGCAACAAAGCUUUUGUUUCAAGCUUAUGAUACCGAUUUUAUUACUGCUAACCAUCUGAGUAAACGACACAGCGACAUCCAGCGCACAUGGACAUUGACAAACGCAAUUUUUUUCACUACUACUUUACUAACCUCUAUCGGAUACGGUAACAUGGUACCAAUAACGCCAAAAGGUCGAAUGUUCUGCGUUGUUUACGCACUUUUUGGUGUGCCACUGAUGCUCAUUACGGUUGCCGAUAUUGGCAAAUUUUUAAGUGAACAUAUCAUUAAACUUUAUGCAAAGUACUCAGAGGCACGACGAAGGUACCAGAAACGAAAAUUCAGUCGUCUUUCAAACACCGAUACAGAUGACGAAACACAAAUCCGAGAAGAAUUAACCCAGUUAGGACUUGAGAAUAGCGCAAUCCCUAUCUCACUUGUCAUUGGAAUUUUACUUGGCUAUAUCGCAUUUGGGGCGGCAAUAUUGUCUGCCUGGGAGAAAUGGAACUUCUUUUCCGGUUUCUACUUUUCCUUCAUAACACUGACAACGAUCGGCUUUGGCGACAUCGUCCCAACAAAACAGGGGCUUCUUAUGAUUGACCUGUUGUACAUUAUCGUCGGUCUUGCCAUAACGACAAUGUGCGUUGACUUCUUUGGGAUCCAGUAUAUAAGGAAAUUACAUAAUUUCGGACGCGCCAUAAACGACGUCAGGUUCGUCCUAGGUAACGUUGGUGGAAAGAUGGUCCACGUCCCGGAUCUAAAACGUUACGCGACGCUACUCCACAAAGUAAGCCACACCUGCUCUAGUUUUCGAGUAGCCAGAAGCAUACCGCUCUAA